AUAAUUACUUGAGGUAAAUAAUAUAAAGAUAAAUAAGACAACCGCGCAAAUGGCAAUCCCCAAAACAUUGGCCACUGAAACCCUAGAUACACACAGAUGUGAUGUGAGAUUGUGAAUGAGCUCUACCACCAUUUUUAAUUCAGUUCGAAUUUGGAGCCCUUUUCCAGAGAGAGGGAUUCUGGGUUUUUGUUAACUUGGAUUUGGAAGACUUGUGAAGUUUGGUUUGUUUUGUCUAGUACUAUUUUUGGAUUGAAAAAAGAAGUUGGCUUUUUUCUGAAUGAGAUAUUCUAGUAGGAGAAGAAGAAGGAGAUGAAACUUGAACAACAAUUUGUGGAUUUGGAGAUACAAUGACUGGAGGGUCAUUAGGUCUACGUACCGGAAGCUAUGGAUCACUACAACUACAGCAGAUACAGAAUGGUUUUCCACCUAUUCUGCAAACAACCCCUCCUCCUCUGGCGCGAAAGCCUUCCAAGGUGCUUCUUGCAAGUAGGGAGAAGGAAAGGGUUCUGCCCUUUGUCUGUAGAUUUUUGGGCCGAAAAAAGGUCAUAAUGCUUCUUUUGGUUGUCCUUGCUCUUUUGGUUUUCGUAUCCAAUUCCUUCAAUGUAAAUAAAGGAAUGGAAGAUAAACAUGACAUUAAAAUUACUUCUACACAGAAUACCAUGAAAGGAAAAGAUGCAAAUAGAGCCCUACUUACUCCUCCUCCCCAUCUUCAUACUGAGUCAUUUACUGUUGUUCAUGGAAAUUCCCCUCCAUUGGCCCAUCAAUGUGAAAAUUUUGCAUUUCCUCCUCCUCCUCCUUCAUCUGGUCGUAAACGAAGUGGACCUCGCCCGUGUCCAGUAUGUUAUCUCCCUGUGGAGCAGGCUAUAGCUAGUAUGCCAAGUUCUUCUUCAGAAUCACCUGUACUACAUAAUUUGACAUAUGUUUAUGAUGAAAAUCCCACUAGAACUGAACGACAUGGAGGUUCUGAAUUUGGUGGAUUUCCAACUCUGAGACAGAGAAAUGAUUCAUAUGAUAUAAAAGAAUCCAUGACGGUCCACUGUGGAUUUGUGAAAGGUAAUAAACCUGGUGACCAGUCUGGAUUUGAUGUUGAUGAAGCUGACCUUAUGGAGUUGGAGACGUCCCAUGAGAUAAUUGUUGCGUCAGCUGUCUUUGGAAACUAUGACAUAAUACAGCAGCCAACAAACAUUAGUGAGUUUUCGAGGAAAAAUGUUCCAUUCUACAUGUUUAUUGAUGAAGAGACUGAAGCUUAUAUGAAGAAUUCCAGUGUCUUGGGAAACAGUAGGAAAGUAGGAUUAUGGAGAGUUAUUGUUGUCCGUAAUGUUCCUUACACUGAUGCAAGACGCAAUGGAAAGAUUCCAAAGCUUCUAUUGCACAGGCUUUUCCCCAAUGUCAGAUAUUCUGUAUGGAUUGAUGGAAAGCUUCAGCUUGUUGUGGAUCCUUAUCAGGUCCUUGAGAGGUUCUUGUGGCGUCAGAAUGCAAAUUUUGCAAUCUCAAAGCACUAUAGACGGUAUGAUGUGUUUGAAGAGGCGGAAGCUAACAGAGCUGCUGGGAAGUACGAUAAUUCCUCCAUUAAUGAGCAGGUUGACUUCUAUAUCAAGGAGGGUUUACAACCUUACUCUGAGGCUAAGCUUCCAAUAACGAGUGAUGUUCCUGAAGGUUGUGUGAUCAUAAAGGAACACAUUCCCAUUACAAAUUUAUUCACCUGUAAUUGGUUCAAUGAAGUUGAUCGUUUUACCUCCAGGGAUCAGUUAAGCUUUUCCACAGUGAGGGAUAAAAUCAUGGGAAAAGUUGAUUGGAGCAUUAAUAUGUUUUUGGAUUGUGAAAGGCGCAACUUUGUAAUUCAGGCAUACCACAGAGAGUUGCUGGAGCAGAUGCCUCCUCCCCGUCCUCCGAGGGUUGUGAUUCGUCGUACACCAGCUUUGCCUCAUGUUAUCAUAUCUGUAAAGACUCCACCUGGGAAGAAGCGUGGACGAGGGGAUAAGAAGCGCCAUCGGAAGGUUGUUGCUGUUAGUAGAGACAACAUGCAAUUCUAAUUGUUCUUUCUUCUUUCAUUAAUAACCCUUUUGACUAUAAGAAAAUGUAAUCUCCCCUCCCCCUUUGUUACAAAAUUAUACAUCACGGGGUAGGAAGAUCUGAUUAGAUCUGUGUAGGAUGAUAGGAAAGGACAGAUACAACUCUAAUUCUUGUUUGGAAAUUUUUGAUAUCUAUUCAAUCUUCUUUUUCUCUUGCAA